CAUCGAUAUAUUUCCGCUCCCACUUCCGCCUAUAGGUUAGUCAAGUAGAGUGAAUAAAGCCUCCCCUGUUGUCUAUCCAUCCGCUCUAUCUAAUGGCGUCAAUAAAUUUUAAAUAAUAAAUGACUCUUAUCUUGUCUGGUCUAUGUAUAUAUAUGUGUAUUGUAACAACAAAAAAGCAGUUAGCCAGUAGUCAGUUUUAUAGGGCCAACAGAAGCAAAUAAAGAAAUAUAUAUACAUCCAGAAGAUUCGAUCAGCCCAACAGAAACAGGAAAGAUUUCCCUGCUCAAUAUAUAUACAUGUAUUCAUCACAAACACCGAAGAGGAUAUAACAACCUUUGAGAUCAUUACAAAAAUCCACUUCACACCAAUUUUUAAUGACUGUAAUGCAUUUUAACACACCAGAAUACCAAUCAAACAUAAAUGGAUGAUAAAGGGGAUGAAGAAAUAUUACCUGACAAGUUAUCGAUUCAACGAAAUACUACUACUAACACACAUUGCAGACUGAACAAUUCUUCAAGUGAUCAACAGUCCCUAUCAUCAUCAUCAACAACAGCGGCAGCAUCAAAUAAACAAACUUCAAUAAGAGAAUUUACUUAUUCAUCACCGGAUUUAAUGACUUCCAUGCAUUAUAAUAUUGAUUUUGGAGUAAAAUUAACUAACCAGGGAUUAAUGCAGCCUGAGUUGAAUGAAGAAUCAACCGUCAACGCUGGGAAUAAUCAACUGGAAGUUUAUCAUAAAAUUAAAACUGACACAGAUGCAUUGAAUCCUGAGAAUUUGACUAAUCAUGAUAAUGAUGAUGAUGAUAAUAGUAAGCAUAGAGAAGGUCAAAUCCCAUCAAUUCAUUUUCAAUUAACUGAUUCAGAUUCUGAGAAUUUUACUGCUGAAGUUGAUGGAACUAGUGGUAAAUUAACAUUAUGGCAAUUCUUGUUAGAAUUAUUACUAUCAAAUAAAUAUGAGCAUAUAAUACGAUGGACAAAUAAACGUGGUGAAUUUAUUCUUGUACAAGCUGAAAUUGUAGCAAAAUUAUGGGGUAUGCGUAAAGAUAAAAAUCAUCGUAUGAAUUAUGAUAAAUUAAGUCGUGCAUUAAGAUAUUAUUAUCAAAAAAAUAUUAUACGUAAAGUACAUGGACGUAAAUUUGUUUAUCAAUUUAUAGGCUUAAAACAUUUAAUUAAAUUUUGUUGUACACCUUCAAAUUCAAAUUCAACUUCAUUAACAUUAACAAAAUCAACAGAGACAUUAACAACCCCGUUAACAUCAACAGUAACAGCACCAAUAGCAACAACAACAACAGAAGAAGAAGAAUUAUUAUCAUCUGAUAAUUUACAAGAGACAUUGACACAAUUGAAUAAAUUGGCGUCAAAUUCAAAAGCCAUACAUGAUGAUUUUGAUGACGCUGUUGCCAAUGUGGCAGUAAAUCCUUCAUUAUAUUGUUCUAAUAAAUCAGAUGACAUGAACAAUCGUCAUUAUCAACCAAAACAGCAUCAACACAAAGAAUGGCAUAACUUACCUCAUAAUAAAAAUAAUAAUAAUAACAAUAGCAAUAAAUUUUGUGGAAAUCAACUGGACUGCAAAUACUCCAGUACUGUUAGCACCCCUCCAAUUCCUACUAUUACUACAACUGUUACUAGUACUACUAUCAAUAAUACCACCCAUUCUAAUGUCAAAAGUACUGAUGAAGGCGUAUUUAAAAUGUUAUCUACAGAAGAUGAAAAAGUGUCAAAAUUAGAUUCAAUCCAUCUUAAUUCUGUUUAUUCCCCAAUGAAUUUAGAUAUUGCAUCAAUUUCAACACUUAUAAACACCUGUUUAAAUAAGCAUAACAACUUUGAAACUACUCAGUCUACUUAUGACAAUAAUAAACUAAUAAUAAUUUUCUUUUUAAUUAUUUGA